CUUCCCUUAAUCGUGUGCCAAGCGUCGUCCAAGUCGUGCUGGCCUUCGUGUAUCGUGUACGCGUCCCGAAGUCUUCCUCUUCGAAUCUUUCAGUCCGUGACAUGUCGUCGAAAGAUCGAUAGCGUUGCAUGUAUAAAAAAAGAAUAUGUUGCUACUUAUUCCCCUGAACCUGCAAGAAGCAUGAACGUCGCGCGAUCUGUGUUCGUGCAAUCGAACGUGUAGAAAGAAACGUGACGACAAAUCGUUGGAAGGUGUGCCGGAUUUCGCGGUUCUUCGACACGAGCUGAUCAGCUCUCGUGGUUGGCACACUGUGAAAAUGAAGAGGCAGAAUGUGAGGACUUUGUCGUUGGUAGUGUGUACGUUUACUUAUUUGCUGAUUGGCGCGGCGGUUUUCGAUGCGUUGGAGUCGAACACGGAGAGGAAGCGCUGGGAGUUUUUAUCGGAGGUUCGUCGAAACAUGAUCAAGAAGUACAACAUCACGCAGGAAGAUUACAUAAUGUUGGAGAUUGUUAUAAUAGAAAAUAAGCCACACAAAGCAGGUCCUCAAUGGAAAUUCGCUGGUGCCUUUUAUUUCGCGACUCUUGUGCUUGCUAUGAUAGGGUACGGACAUUCAACGCCAGUCACCAUAGGAGGAAAAGCAUUCUGUAUGGCAUACGCCAUGGUUGGCAUUCCUCUCGGUCUGGUAAUGUUCCAGAGUAUCGGUGAACGUCUGAACAAGUUCGCUUCUGUAGUCAUCAAACGCGCAAAAACGUAUUUAAGAUGCCAGAAAACAGAAGCAACCGAGAUGAAUCUAAUGCUCGCGACUGGUUUACUUUCGAGCAUAAUUAUCACGACAGGGGCUGCUGUGUUCUCGCGUUACGAGGGUUGGAGCUAUUUCGACAGCUUCUACUACUGUUUUGUCACGCUAACUACCAUCGGUUUUGGUGAUUACGUCGCCUUACAGAAUGAUCACGCACUUUCCAAUAAACCUGGAUACGUGGCCUUAAGCUUAGUCUUUAUACUAUUCGGCCUGGCCGUCGUCGCUGCCAGCAUAAACUUACUCGUCCUCCGCUUUAUGACGAUGAACACGGGUGACGCUCGUCGCGACGAAGAGCUUCAACCAGCUUCUCAUCACGUGUUAACACUAGACGGUGAAGUGGUCGCUGUAAAUGGAAAACUAUUAGCUGGCCACGUGCCCAUAGUUCACGACACGGAUGACUGUGUGAGCGUGUGCUCAUGCACGUGUCUAGGACCACCGAAUUCCGAACUUCUGGACCAAGGUUACCAAGGCUACAGACCUCCUUCAAUCUCGAGCCUUCGCGUGAAACGUGCAUCCGUCUGAUGGAAGGAGUUCCGUCGUCGCAGUUUACGUCGUCGAUUAUCGAGAGCUGACAGCAGAGAACUACUUGGUAUCGACGUGUAAAAAAGAUCGACUCGAAAAUUAACAUAACCAAAUGGAUUUAAAAAUCCGUGAAGGAAACAAUAACAUUGAAAAUAAUUUCAUUGGUAUAGUUCACAAUGGAAUUUUGCAAGUUGAUUCAAAUUGGACCGAUGUUCGAAAUUGUGUUCUUAUAAGAUCUACCUUAUAAAGUUCAAGGACUCGUUAGCGCACAUUCAUCGAUUUUUGAAGACAUAUUUUGAAGACAGCCAGUGGAGUUUGUUCUGAGGAGGUGACUUUAGAAAUGAACUAUUGAAUUGUACUUGACUCAUGUUAUAAUAUUACGAAUAGUCGUAAGAAGAAGGACGUUCAGAGGGUAUUUGAUCGUUUGUAGACGAUUUUGUAACGAUUUCGUACGUUUCAUAUCGUACCACGGACCAUUUUCUCCCGGUGAAUUCCGAGAGAGUUUCAAAUUCUCUAGAAAAUUUAAGAAUUCGAAUUCGUAUUCGGUGUUUAUGCUGUAUCAUAUGUAUUGAACGAUUAUUGAAAUUAUUGGAGAUUGUAGAUUAGUCAUGAAGGUUGCAUUGGUAUUAGAAAUUGUUGCUUAGAGGAUUGCUUUGUUCCGAAGAUAAGUUGGGUUUCUUCGAAUAAACUUUCAAAUUAAAAUUUUUUAUGAUUUUCACUACUUAUGUUGUAUGUUAAUAAAAUCUUUUACAUUUUACAAAAAUCUGUUCUCAAAGUGUACGUAUAUGAUUUACGCAAAUUAUGACAAAAACAUUUGCCUAGAUUUUGAUAUUCUUCAAAAAUAUUCUACGGACAAAACGAUCCUCGUAAAAGAGAAAAUAAUUUGUUUAAUGAAAGUUGAAGAAGUAGAGAUCGCCGUUUCGAUCUCGGUUAUUUGUAUGUAUACUGAAUAUAUAAAAUGUAAACAGAACAAUAUCCAGGCCUCGUUAGCGUGAUUGUUAAAUACAUAAAUACAACUCGAUGUUUGUACUAAUAAACUUAAAAGCUGGAAAAUGUGAAAAUUUCACGUAAAUCGUCAAUCGAUAAAAUGACAAAGUCGAUCUUAGAAAGUAGCUUAAUUUUGUAGCUACGAAAAUUGUGAUUGUACAAUUUUCUAGAAUUGUAACUCGAACUUGAAUAACAAUUUUAUCAUACUUGCGAUGCGAAAGAAACAUACAUAAAUCUCAGCGUCGUAUUUUGUAAACCUAAGAAUAGAGAAUAUAUCAAGCGACAAACAGGAAUAACCGGGAAGACUGAUAGUUGAAUUAACUGACUAGUUGUUAUUUUUUUAACAAAAAUUUCUCUAGGCGCCUGUUUUAACCCUCCAAAAGUUAAAAAGUUAAGAAUUGUAAAGAAUUCAUGUAAUUUUAGUAUUUUUAUAAUUCAUUUAUUAUACUAUCUACGCUUGUCUGUUUCAUUUUGUAAUUAUGUAGUAUUUGCGUAAGCGAUCGUGAAUUUUGUAAAAGUAUACGAUAAAUAGUCGCUUAUUUGUUGUUGAUUAAAAGCAUUCACAUUUAGUAGUUUAAACGUGAAACGAAAUUUUUGAAGACUAAAAAAUGAUAUAUCGUGAAUAUUUCAAAUAACUGCAGAGUGGUUCCUAAGUAUCUUGUAUUUUAGAUGUUUAAGAUAUUACUAAACAUACUGAGAUUUUAGAGGGAAUUUUUAAACAUUAAUUUCGACCAUUUUCUAUGGUCAACAGGAAAAAUUUAGAUUUUCGAAGAUUUAAAUAUUUCCAUAGUCUAGAUAUCUGUUUAGAUGGUUUAAGUAUCUAGAGAUGUAAAAUAUAAGAUAAAUAAUUGUUCAUUUUAAAUAUUACAAAUAUUUAAUUGAAGCAUGUUCUAACACUUUACAAGUGAAGCCAGAUUAUUGAAUGCUACUUCGUAAAUAUUUAAUUUCAGAAUACAGGGUUAUAAAUUUAUGAAAAUUUUCACAACAUGCACAAAGAAUAGAAACAUGGAUAAAAGGACAACAGUUUACUUUUGAUAAUCAUAUAUAAUUAAUAUAUAUACAAUAAAUUUGAAAAUAGUAUAUUUUUUGUUUCAAACCAAAAUAAGUCAGAAACUAAAUAAAACUUAUUUCGAUGAAGUUGAUUAUUCUGGCUUCAGAGUAACUCACGUACGUAUAAAAAUAUUUACCAGAAAAAAAUGAUGCUCAAAAAUGAAAGUGCAUUAAACAUAGCAAGCAAACUGACUGGAGGGUUAAAACGAAUUCCAAAAUAUUUUACGUUUUAUUUUUUCUUACAUUCAAACUUACAAUUGCCGGUACCAUACCAUAUCAAUGCUUCUUUUCUUCCCAACGACGCGUUCUGUUUUCGUCAAUUAUUGAUGAUUGAUCUGAGUGAUCGACACACGCACAAAAGCAGUUGCGUAUCGUUUAAUAAAAAUAGCAACAAAACCACGAUUGAUCCUCAUAGGAACAUCGCUGCACAGAGUAAACGAUAAUGUGCAUUCAUUUGUAUACAGGUACCUUAGUUCAUAGGCGCUCGUCGUAUUCUAACGGCAGUAUAUGAUUGGGUAUAUUUUUUAUCAUCGAGAGUUUUUUAAUAAACGACAGUUCAUUAUUUUC